AUGUGGAGGUCCUCCUGUGGCUGCCAGCAAAAAGGACGAUAUUACCCACAAGGCAGUGUGUUCUGGGCCGACGACAAGUGCGGCAGCAAGUGUCACUGUGAUGAUAAAAGUGGAAAGAUUAUCUGCAAAGCAGUAGGCUGUAAGCCGAACGAGCGCUGUUCACUGAAGGGGGGGGUCCGAGACUGCUACCCGCUGUCCUCAGCCACCUGUCAGGGCACCGGAGACCCCCACUACAAAACCUUUGACGGGCGCCGCUACGGCUUCCAGGGCACCUGCAUCUACGUGCUCUCCCAGACGGUCCAUAGUCCCCUCCCUGACCUCCUGCCCUACCAGGCUCUGGUCCAGAACGAGAACAGGGGCAGGAACAGGGCCGUGGCCUACACCAAGUCUGUUUCUUUGACUGUGUACAACUUCACCAUCAGCAUGAACAGCGACAGCCCGGGAAAAGUGCUGGUGAACAGCCGAUCAGUGAACCUGCCCUACAACGCGUUGGAAGGGAAGCUGUCCUUGUUCCGCCAGGGCAGCUUCUGCUUUGUGCAGACACACUUUGGCUUGACUUUGAAGUUCAACUGGAGGAGCCAUGUCAGCCUGACGGUGCCUAGCACCUACGCUGGCUCUGUCGAAGGCAAGUGCUGUGUUUGGUAA